AUGGGUUUUGAGCCGCGUGGCAUGAGUUGCCGGGGCAGGGAGGUCCAAAUAGUCAAGGCCAAUGACAGGGUCCAACAGAGGAGAAAGUUGCAGGCCUUUCCAAGAUCCUGGCAGACACGACGUUUGCAGCAGCAGAAGCAACUGCGGCUGCAGCACGGGAGCAGGAGACUGACUACUUCUCCGAUUCUCCCGGAAUGCGCGUUUAAGUUUUAUCUCUGCAGAAUUUACAACAUCCCCUUCCACGUGACACCUAGGCAAAAUGAGACAGAUUGCGCGCGCUUCGAAACAAAUCUAAUUGCCCGCUGGCAGGACUCAGGCAGCGAGCAGCCGGACGACUCGAGGGCCGAAAAUGUUGCGACAGACGGCUGCAGAGAGUGCAGGGAGAGAGAGAGAGAGAGA